CAUGGACGUACUGACCAUCAUACUUCUGAUAGUGCUGGUUUACUGUGUUAACAGUACGACACUACCGAGGAGACAACCGAACCUUGGAACAACCACAUGUUCAGGGAUAAGGAAAAACAACUUCUAUAGUUAUGACCGAGGAUCACCUAUAGGCCCGCGGCAAUGGUGGAGGUGUUACGAUGAGUGUAAUGGGCCCCAUCAGAGCCCUAUUGAUAUAAGAUUGAGGACCGUCCGGUGUAUGGGAUCUGGCGAAGAAGAAAUCCCUGGAUUCUUAUGGUACAAAAGUCCUAAAGGAUAUGCCAGAGGAAGUUUUGUUAACAAUGGUCAUACUAGUACAUUUUCACUACUGAAUCACGGUAAUGUUCGCACGUAUGGUAAAGUACUGAGAAACGUUCCGCACGAGGAGGACACCGACUACGUGUUUUCUGAACUGCACUUCCACAUUGGUGCAAACGGAAGUCGGACAGGAUCGGAACAUCGGAUCAAUGGGAAGGGCUUCCGGGGUGAGAUUCAUAUGGUUCACUGGAAGAGGACUCGGGAGAUGAGGACAUACGUGGAAGGGUCAAGAGCAAACGAUGGUGUGGUGGCUAUUGGUAUCUUCUUCAACGUAGUGAGGCGCUGUCACACGGAGGCGGAUAGACUUAUAUUGAAUUACGUGUCCCAUACAAGAAAAUACCUGGCAGUGAAAGAACCGGCGUUUGUAAACCCCAGUCUUUUACUUCCGGCUGAUGGUAGAUAUUUUACAUACGAAGGAUCUAAAACCACGCCCCCUUGUAAUACGAAUGUCAGAUGGAUAGUGUACAAAACACCAACAACAAUCUGUUACAGGAGUUACAGGGUAUUAAUGGGACUGCAAGUGGCAGAGGUUGGUCACCCUUUUCUGCGAAUGUUUGGAAAUGAUCGUCCCAUUCAGAACAAUGGCAUUUACAAUGUACAAGGUAAUUUCCUGCGAUGUGAUUAAAUAUAUCAAUUACCAUAUCACA